AUGUCCUCCCCAAAGGUUGCCAUCAUCGGAGCUGGUCUCUCAGGCCUAGCACUAGCACUAGCCCUCCACCAACAAGGCAUCGAGACCAUCACAUACGAGCAACAGAGCGCCCCUCUCGACAUCGGAGGUGCCAUCAUGCUCUCUCCCAACUCCCUCCGAGCUCUCGAUAAGCUUGGCGUCUAUGAGCGCAUGCUGCCUCGGAGUUACAAGUUCAAAGACCUCAACUUCCUAUCUCAGGAUGACAAGCUUGUCGAUGUCUUUGAAUUCGGAAAUGAGGCCAAGUACGGCUACUCCGGUAUCCGAGUCUAUCGCUUCGAACUCAUCAAGAUCCUGCUUGACCUUGUUCGCGAAGCUGAUCUCAAGGUCGAGUACGGCAGAAAGUUCGACAAAAUCGUUAGUGAGACUGAGGACGCAGUGACCUGGCGGUUCACAGACGGCUCGGAGGAAUCAGCUAGCAUUCUCGUCGGUGCAGAUGGAAUUCACUCUCGCGUUCGAUCCUACCUGCACCCUGAUCUUGCACCAAAAUUCACAAACAUGAUUGGUGUCACUGCUGCUAUUCCUACGGCACAGCUCAAGAUGGAUACCAACGAGUACCAUCUGCCAGCAACCUUCAUGCACGACAAGCGCGGUGCUUUUGUCGUUGCACCCCAACUAGUCGACGGUUCUGAAGUUCUCAUUGGCAAGCAAAAGAUCUUUGCCGGCGAAGACCCAGGCCGUGAUGCUUGGAAGGCCAUGAGCUCUGACAAGUCAUGGUGCGUUGAUUUCCUACGCGAGGGAGCGGAGGAUUUCCCUGCCAUUGUUUCAAACGCCACUUCUGAAAUCUCCCCUGAUAAAGUCAACCUCUGGCCCUUCUACAUCCUCCCCAAGCUCGAGGCCUGGGCAUCCAACGACAAGCAUGGCCGAGUAGUCAUCCUCGGUGACGCAGCACAUGCCAUCCCUCCCACUGCCGGCCAGGGCGUAAACCAGGCAUUCGAAGAUGUGUACACCUUCGCUGGUGUUCUGGGCCAGCUAAAGGAUAACAAAGGACAGGGUCUUAACGAGGCUUUGGGUCGUUGGCAGUCGGGUCGACAGGGGCGUGUAGAUAAGAUCAUUGAGCUGAACAAUGAGAUUAACAAGAGGAGGAUGCCUAAGGAGAAAGAUACUGAGACUAAGCCUUUUGAACUGGACUGGCUUUACUCGGUCGAUUUGGAUCAGGCAGUGCAGGACUUUGUGGGUACAAAGUAG